UCUUGAUUCCAUACACAAUUAUGGCCAUCUUCGGUGGUGUUCCUCUCUUUUACAUGGAAUUGGCUCUGGGACAGUUUCACAGAACUGGCGCUAUAUCCAUAUGGAAACGCAUCUGCCCUAUUUUUAAAGGUAUUGGAUUUGCUAUAUGCAUUAUUGGUCUGUAUGUGUCCUUCUAUUAUAACACCAUCAUAGCCUGGGCUCUGUACUAUUUCUACUCAUCCUUCUCAUCGACGUUGCCAUGGACAACAUGUGAUAACCCCUGGAAUACAGCAAACUGCACUAGUUACUUUGGAAAGAACAAUAUUACUUGGACUAAUUAUUCCAAAUCCCCUGCAGAAGAGUUUUAUACGAGGAAUGUGCUUGGUAUAAAUGAGGCAGAUGGCUUGGAUUAUGUUGGAGGGAUGAGAUGGCAGCUUCUUGUCUGUCUAUUUCUCAUCUUUACUAUUGUGUACUUCAGUUUAUGGAAAGGAGUGAAAACAUCUGGAAAGGUGGUAUGGGUGACAGCGACUCUUCCCUAUGUGGUCCUUUUCAUACUCCUGAUCAGAGGAGCUACCUUGCCCGGGGCAUGGAGAGGGAUCCUGUUCUACCUGAGACCCAACUGGGAGAAGUUGACAGAUACUGCAGUGUGGGUGGAUGCUGCAACCCAGAUAUUUUUCUCUCUGGGGCCGGGAUUUGGAGUUCUCUUAGCACUGGCAAGUUACAAUCAAUUCAACAACAAUUGUUACAGAGACGCUAUUAUCACCAGUGCAGUGAACUGUUUGACCAGCUUCCUAUCUGGCUUUGUUAUUUUCACAGUGCUAGGUUAUAUGGCUGAAAUGCGUGAUGUUGAAGUGGAAGAUGUUGCAAAGGAUAAAGGACCCAGCCUGCUAUUCAUCACUUACCCAGAAGCUAUUGCUAACAUGGUUGGCUCAACAUUCUUUGCCAUUAUAUUUUUUCUGAUGAUAAUCACACUUGGUUUGGACAGUACAUUUGGAGGUCUGGAAGCUGUCAUCACUGCCAUCAUGGACGAAUACCCGAAUAUUCUGGGAAAAAAGAGAGAGCUGUUCGUCCUUGGUUUGGUGAUAAUCUGUUUUACUGGUUCACUCAGCACUUUAACACAGGGAGGUGCAUAUGUUGUAAAACUUCUGGAGGAAUUCGGGGCUGGCUGUUCUAUCAUCGCAGUUGUGUUCCUAGAGGCGGUUGCUGUUUCAUGGUUUUAUGGAAUACAAAGGUUCUGUAAUGAUGUGAAGUCCAUGCUGGGUUUUUCUCCUGGGAUGUACUGGAGAGUGUGCUGGGUAGCAAUCAGCCCAGCAUUUUUAGCAUUUAUCAUAGUGAGCUCAUUUAUCGACCAACCACCUCUUAUGCUCUUUGACUACCGGUAUCCAGAAUGGACCAUCUCAGUUGGGUAUCUUAUUGGAGCAUCAUCCUUCAUCUGGAUUCCUGUAUACGUAGUUUACAAACUAGUAUGGACUCCAGGAUCCCUUAAACAGAGACUGGCAGUUUGUGUCCGACCAGAAAAUGCUGUGAGGGAUCAGCAGUCUAACGCUAUGUGCAUGACGAUGGCCCCUUAGUAACACUCCUCUGUCCUAGUGGUUGGCAGAAUAAGCCGAGAAGUGACAGGGAAUCAGCCAAUGGUGCUUUUAGAUGGUCCUCACUCUCUCUGAGGGGCUUUAAGUGCAGUACUACUAUGACGUUGUUUCUGCUGGAGUUGCAACAGGAUGAAAGCACACAGUCAUGUUAUUUCAUAUGCUUGUUAUCAAUUACAUGUGUAUACAUCCACUCAAAUCUGGGUACUACACACUAUCCAAUUAAUGGGCCAAUCAUUCACUGACUGGCUCAGUAAUUGGAUAAUUUGUAUGCAAGAGCGUGCACAAAUCUGAUAAUCACUAAUACCCCUUUUCCACCUACGAGCACAGGUCGCAGCCGGGAGCCUGACACGGGUGCUACCCGGCUGCGGCCCGUGCUCAGCCCCCUUUUCCAUUGCACUCACCAACCCGGCAGUGA